AAACUACCGUCACUUCCUGUUUUUCGGUGAAGAGCUAACUACACAUGAUGAAACAACAUGCCACUGUAUCUGAUCGUUUUAAUCUCCACGUCGUUUAAGUAGGAAAAAUUACGUGUUAAAAGUGUUAUUCCCGGUAUUCUUCAUCCCAACAUUCUCAAAUCAGACAUCGGUUCAUCGGAAACUAGUCAAGAUGCCUGUCAUGUGCAGUAGCUGCGCUGACAAGCGUGCUGUGCUGAAACGUCCAAAAACGGGCCACUCGCUGUGCAAGCAGUGCUUCUUCUGGGCCUUUGAGGAGGAGGUGCAUCAGACGAUCCAGGCAGCAAAGCUGUUCAAACAUGGGGAAAAAGUAGGAAUUGCUGCCUCGGGUGGAAAGGACUCCACAGUGCUCGCACAUGUUAUGAAGCUCCUCAAUGAGCGAUACAACUAUGGCCUUGAACUUAUGCUUCUGUCAGUGGAUGAAGGGAUCUCAGGAUACAGAGAUGAUUCCUUGGAGACAGUGAAGAGGAAUCAGCAACAGUAUGAGCUGCCGCUGAAGAUUGUGUCGUAUGAGGAGCUAUAUGGCUGGACUAUGGAUGCUAUAGUCAAGCAGGUGGGACUGAAAAAUAACUGCACCUUCUGUGGGGUGUUCAGAAGGCAGGCGUUAGACAGAGGUGCCAUCAUGCUGAAAGUGGACAAGAUAUGUACAGGUCACAAUGCUGAUGAUGUGGCGGAGACAGUUUUGAUGAACUUCUUGCGAGGGGACAUAGCUCGUCUGCGCCGCUGCACUGCCAUCUCCACAACUAGCGAAGGUGACGGGGUCGUGCCACGCUGCAAGCCGCUCAAAUAUGCGUAUGAAAAAGAGAUUGUUCUGUACGCUUACUUUAAGCGAUUGGACUACUUUUCCACUGAAUGUAUCUACUCUCCCAACGCUUAUCGUGGCCAUGCGAGGACCUUUUUAAAGGACCUGGAGAGCAUUAGGUCUAGCGCCAUAAUGGACAUCAUCCACUCAGGGGAGAACCUGUCUGUGCGGGAGGGGGUGAAGAUGCCUGUACAGGGGACCUGCAAGCGCUGUGGCUACAUCUCCAGCCAGGCUCUGUGCAAGUCAUGUGUGCUGCUGGAGGGGCUGAACCGAGGUCUGCCGAAGCUGGGCAUCGGGAAACACCACCGCCUGCAUGACAAAAUCCUCACCCAGCAGCCCCUUACUGAGAAGGAAGAGAGGAAGAUGAAAUCUGUAGACUUUUGAUGAUUAUUACCCUCUGCUUUAUUUCCACUAGGACUAAUGAUUUAAUACCACUUUAGAAUAAACCACAUUUGUUGUCUUUUACAAUAAGAAAGACUAAUCUAAUUUGUUUUCAGUUAUCAUCAAUGUAAUAUUUAUUAAAAGUUGACAUGGAAUAUUUUAAUAUAAUGAAAUGAAGAAAAGCUCUCAGACCAGUGAGUCUUCUUCACAGCAUAGAAAUUACAUUCAUUGCUGUUUCCCAUUUGAUAGUCAGGAAUCAAUGAGAUACUAUGUAGACAUGCUUACCAAUGAUAUUUUGUGUUAAGUUAAUGUUCAAUAAGAGAUUAUUAGUACAUGUGUCAAUUGAUUUCGUUGUAUUUGGCCUUCUGUAAUACCCACAAAGAUGGUGAAACUUUUUCUUUAUUGGUCAAUUUUAUCAGUUUUACAAUUUUUUAAAACAUUAGCAAACAGCAUAAAGCACACAUGCUUAAGACUCAUUUCUUUAGUGAACACCAACAGGUAUGUGACGUGCAGAGACAAGGAUAUAUUUUUGUGAGAUGGUUGUGAAUUUUUCAGCAGCAAUGAAAUCUCUCACUGGCAUGUUUUAUUUCUUUAUUUUAGGCUAUUUCUUAUGUUCCAAUGCAGUUGUGGUCACAUUACAACGUGUUUUAUGAACUUUAACUUAAUAAAUGCAUUGUCCCAUAUCA